AUGUACUUGCAACCUCGUACUUUGUCGAACAGGCAACGCCAAGCUCUAGCCUCCAUCCAGGUCGUCUACAUCCUCGCUGUCGCUUCCACCGCUGGGUGUGGUGGAGGUGUGAGUCGGGCUGCCCUGGAUGGCAACGACGCCCGGCGUGUGGCAGCCACGGUCUUGGCACGAUUGCUCGCAGACGGUGCACACAUGCCUGUGCAGAAGUUCGAGGCCUCCAUCAGCCAGUGGAUGAAGCGCCUCCAUCAGGCCGAGGAGGAAACCGCCCUGGCCGCCCGGCUCUCGAAGGACUCUGCAGACGUUUCGCUCCUUUCCUGCGAGGUCUUCUUGCUGCGCGCCAUCAGCGCACUUCCCCGAGAGGCACGGGCUGACGUUGGAAACAUCCUGGCAUCUCCGUACGUCCACUUGAGACGGCCGCGCAGCCGCAUGGCACAGGCAGCAAAGAUGGCCCCGGAAUUCUGCAUCGCCGCACGGUGGCUCGGGGAGCACUUUGGCAUCCUCGAGUGGACAGAGCUACACUGGGAAACCUACUACGAUUCCACCGCUGUGGCAGCAGCUCCGAGCCGCCCGUGCGUAUCGGUGCACAGUGUCCCCGGUGCUGACGAGGCUACCAUGCACGUUGCGGCCACCGCUGCAGAUGGUGCCAAAGACGAGCAGAGGAGCAGCGGCCAUGCGAAGUCCUCUGUGCUACCUCGCCUGCCGGGGUUGUCGGAAGACGACCCCAACGUCCGCCUUUGCAGUGACAUCGCCAGGCUGAAGGCUGUGGACUUGGCGGACGUGGAUCAGAAGAGUCGAACAUGGCGGCCUGGCAAGUCGGUGGACGAGACGACCCGCUCCCUGCAGCUGACGGUGCAGGGGGCCGUCAAGCGGCUCGCUGCCGACUUGUACAGCACGGAGACCCACUUCCUGCUUGAGCUGCUUCAGAACGUGGACGACUGCAGGUUUGUGAACGACGAAGUGCCCAAGCUCCGGCUGAUCAUGGAGGACAACAGCCAAGAGUAUCCCCAGCUCACCAGCUUAUCCGAGGGGUGCUUUGGCGGCUGCGUGGCCCUCCUGGCCUUGGAGUACAACGAGACUGGCUUCGAGGAGUCUAACGUCCGGGCUCUUUGCGACAUUGCCCAGUCUACGAAGACAAGCGAAGAGCGGAAGUACAUCGGGGCCAAGGGCAUUGGCUUCAAAUCGGUAUUUCGGGUCACAGACACUCCCAUCGUCCACUCUGGUGACUACCACUUCCACUUCGACAAGAAUGCUCUUGACGGGCUGGGAUACUUGAUCCCCUUCCCGCUGGCGCGCCCGGCGAACUUCGGGGAGCCAGGCGGAUGCAGGACCCGCGUGGUGCUGCCUCUGAAGGAAGCUACGCGAGUCGCGGAGGUGAGGACGCAUGUUCUCGAGGACAUUCAGCCAACGCUGCUCCUCUUCCUGCGGAAUCUGUGCACGAUCGAAGUGGUCGACUCGUCUGCAGGGCUGCGAAAGCACAUGACCAAGGAGAUUGCCAACACUACGGUGACACUUCGUACCACAGCCAGCCAGCCCGCCGGAAGCGACGAGGUGAGGAAGCUGGAGCAGUGGAGAAUGCACACUCACAGGAUCAACGUGAAUUCCUCGGAGUCUGUCAUACAGACUGAGCUGAAGCUGGCUUUCCGCCUCGACGAUCUCGGCACCGGACCGGGUCCGCUGGCAGAGAAGAGCGGCAGGAGGCCGGAGCUUCAACAAGCCUUUGCUUGGCUGCCGCUGCGCUCCUAUGGCUUCCGCUUCAUCAUCCACGCAGACUGGGUGGUGCCUUCCUCUCGCGAGGCCAUCGUGGAGAACGAUCCCUUCAACCAGACCAUUCGUGACGAACUGCCAGGGGCAUUUGCCACUGCAAUCCAGGCCAUGCUCUCCGAGAUGAUCGCGCGCCUGGGCACGCGCGUCUUCGACUCCAGGGAUUCUCUUCUUCUGGCUUCCGAGGCCCCUGGCGAGGCUCCGGACCCCUCCAACUUGGAGACGUUGCAGCGGGAGCUGUCCCAACUCUAUGAGGUGGUGCCCGUUCCUGGAGAUGCUGUGGACUUCUUCGCGCCGACGCCUUUUGCAAUCCUCCAGGAGCUGCGCCACGUCUCCUUCGUGCUGGCCCGUGCAGCCCAGACGUCCGAGGAAACAGCGAGGCUGGUCCUUGUCCGCCCUGGCGAGGCCGUGCGCGGCUUCAUGCCAGAGGUGCCAACCGAGUGGGCCGACAAAACCGGGAUGCUGGAGCCGCUUCUGAACGCUGCUGGUUACUUUAUGGAGAUGGACGUGAUCUCCGGCCGUCUUAGUGAUGCGCUGCGCAUCCCACCACUGAACAGCAACGUGGCCAUGGACUGCUUGGUGCACUUCCAUCGUCGGGCCAGCCAACCUCUCUCAGACCAGGAUCUCGAGCAGCUGCAUCUCUUGCUGCUGAUCAUUUCUGCAGACACAUCUUCGCCUUUGGCCCGGCUCUCACGCAUGCCGAUCGUGCCGACGGAAGCUGGCCACCUGGUGAUUCCCGAGAAUGAGAACGUCUACAACGUCGGCGUCGACUUCCAGGGCGUGAUCCCGGGCGCGCAGACUUUACACUCCCGAUUCGCCAAGCUGAUGCACCAGCGGGUAGCAGGUCUCCUGCACCGCACCGGUGUUGAGCACGCCGAGGGCCUUCAGUUCUUCAAGCAGGUGCUCGCGCCCUUUCUGACCAGCGCUUCUCAGCCGGGUGUCGAGGAGCUGUUGCAGUGCACCCGAGCAGCACGACGAUUCUUGCAGUCUUCUGAGCACGUGGAGGACUUGACUCCUCUCCUCCGCAGUGGCCUGUGGGUGGUGUCUGACUGUCAGCAGCAUUCAGGGCAAGCCGGUCACUCAAGCCUGGUGUGCUGGUGCAGCCCAGAGACGCCGGUGCACCUGACACCGCUUCCCGAGCGACUGCGGCAAGUCUACCAACAGAAAUGGCUGUAUGUUUCCCCAGCCUACAUCCAACGAGAGCCCGAGACUCGAAGUUGGCAGAAUUUCUGGACUUCCAUCGGGGUCUGGCCAGCCUUCGCCGUGGCAGCAGACGGAACCAGCCUCGAGCUGCAGGGGCUACUUCGCUGUCUCUCCUGCACUUCUGACACUUCAGACAAUGCAGCCUUCGCGUCCGCCUUGGUGUCCUUCCUGGGCCCCCACGGCGAGGUCUACGCACCGCACUGCCAGGCUGACGGUGGAAGCCAAUCUGCUGCAGGGACCCGCUCGCCUGUACUCCAACUCCUCGAGACGACUCCCUGGCUACCGACUCGCGCCGGCGAAUUGGUUCGCAUCGAAGACUCCUGGAUCCCGUCGAGCCCGCCACUCGCUUUGGAGGAGCCCUUUGUCUUCAUAACGGCCGUGGCCGAGCUCAAGAAGACCUGGCCCUUCCUCAGCUUCAAGGCUGCCGCCUCGUCUCGAAACUUGAUUUCCAUCAUCCGCAAGCAAGCUGCAUCACAGAGAACACACAGCGUGCAGGACUGGAGGUGCCUCUACGGAAGGCUCAUGCACGUCCUCGACGUCUCCGAUACUGAGUCGGCUGAGACCCAGGAGACGAUAAACUUCCUUCAGUCAGCGAGGUGGAUCUUCGUGCCGGAGCAUCCUCGCCUGCUUGCAGGUAAGCGCGACCCCUUCGAUGACAGAGGGGCAGCAGUACCACGAAAUGGCCAGUUCUGCUCUGUGGCGGAAGUCGUCUUCAAGGACGACAGCAGGCUCGUGGACACUUACAGCAAAGCGUGCACAGACGAAGCCAGCGACUUCGCCCGGGCAGCAUGCGGCAAGCGCAUUGUUGGCCAGUACUACUGGGGGCCCUACACCCUCUUCCCGCCGAACUGGACGGGCCAGCGAUACACGCCGCAGCACGCCGAAGUGCAGGAGCUCUUCUCAAGGCUCGGCGUGCAGCAAUUUCUGCAGUGGUCCGACUUCCACGCCAUCCUGGCAUCCAUCAGCGACGCCGUGGAGAAGGAGGUCUGCAUCGAGCAGGAUCCGGUGAUGGUGUGCGCAGCCGUGCACGUUUUCGGCCACCUGGCAGACGAGGUGGAGCAUGAGCUCUUCGACAGCGAAGGGAGCUACACCGAGAAUUCAGGUCGGGCUGACGGCGGUAUGGCAGCUCGUCCCGAGGCGACGAGCGCCUAUGCAGCGUCGCCCACCUUGAAGCUUUUCCUCGAGGGAGCGCAGAGCUUGCGAUGUGUGCCGACGGCUGGCGGCAGCUGGGCGACGCUCCAGGAGGUCCACUUCGUUUACGAUCCACAACACAUGUCGAGCUGGCAAGGUGAAUCACUUCGGCUCGUGGCCGGGUUGAAGAACUAUGUCCUGUCAAAAUGGGAGGUGGAGCGGCUCAACCGGGCCUUUGGUUACUGCGGAUUGUCCGCGCCGGUCGUGUCGCGGCAAGCGCGCGUACAGCGAUGGCAGCGGGGGAAAGAGGCUGCGCUGGCCGCUGGGCUCCUUCUCGCAGCAGUGCGAUGGCUCCUGGAGGAUGGCACAGCCGUCCCAGAAGAACUCGCAGAGGUGCUGCGGACGCAAGGUCGGCAAGUGGAGUUCAUCGAAGCCUUGCCCGCGGAUGAGGGCCGGGAGGAGGAGGAUGCCCCGGUCCAACUC